AUGGCUGGAAAAGUCAAUUGGGUUAUUAAUAACGGCUCAGCACCACCAUGUUUUUCAAUAAGUGGUCAAAAUUAUCAUUCAAUUGGGAGUUUGCUUCCUACCGUCGAUGAUAGGCUGAGGUUUGCACAGUUGUACAUAUACGACACCGAGAAUGAAGUUAACAACAAAAUAACUGCUGUAAGGUAUGCUGGCUACCCAAGUUACUUUAUCACCAUAACAUGCAAUCCCAAAUGGGAUGAGAUUAAAUGUCUACUAAAAGACACCGGAUUAAAAGCAAAGGACAGACCUAACAUAGUUUCACGGAUUUUUAACAUAAAGCUAAGUGAGUUAAUUGCAUACUUCAAGCAAGGAAGGUUCUUCGAGAAAAUAACUGGCUAUGUCUGCACAGUGAAAUUCCAGAAACGAGGGUUACCACAUGCUCAUAUAUUGUUAUUCAUGCACCCACUGUAUAAGCCUAAAUCACUCGAGGAUAUAGACAAGCUCAUAUCAGCCGAAAUUCCCAACAAGUGCAAGAGACCAAAGCUCUACGCAGCUGUUGAGAAGUUCAUGGUUCAUGGUCCAUGCGGGAGAUACAAUAAUACCAGCCCAUUUCCGUACAACCCAUCUCUAUUGCUAAAGUAUGCUUGCCACAUCAACGUUGAGCAUACAUGUCAGACAUCUACCAUAAAAUAUCUGUUCAAAUAUGUUCACAAGGGAAAUGAUAGAGUCACGGCUUCUUUCUUCCAGAGCAAUGACGAAGGACAGCUCGAAAAGGUAAUUGAUGAGAUCAAGAAUUACUACAAUUGUAGGUACAUAUCUGCAUGUGAAGCUGCAUGGAGAAUAUUUGGGUAUGAGAUACAACUUAAGGAACCAUCAGUUGUCAGACUCCCUUUUCACUUACCAAACGAAAAUCCCGUGGUUUUUAGAGACUAUGAGAACAUAGUUGAUGUCAUUGACAGGGUGGACGGCAAUCCAACAAAGAUCAUAGCAUGGAUGCUUGCAAAUAAACUAUUUGCAUCUGGUCGAGCGCUUACCUAUAGUCAGUUUCCAAAAAAUUCGUUUGGAAAGAAGAUAUCUCCAUGUGGAUGCCUAGGAAACAAGGCUUCUCAAUUGACGGUUGAGGGCAUGGUGUAUACUACGUUCAAGGAAGCAUGCUAUGCAUUGGGGAUUCUGCAAGAUGAUAAAGAAUUUAUUGAUGCAAUCUUAGAAGCAAGUUCUUGGGCAUCUGCAGCUUACAUCCGCAACCUUUUUGUCAUUCUCUUCUUGUCAAACAACAUUGGUAGACCUAAAAUCGUUUGGCAACAGUGUUAUAGUGUGCUAUCUGAGGACAUUUUGUAUAAUCAUAGAAAAAAAUUUCAUUCUACAGGCUUGCAACUUUCCGAGGACCAAAUCAUGAAUCUUAUCCUUUCAAAGAUAGAGAAAAAACUCCAGGCUAAUGGUAGAUCGCUUAAAGAAUUCGACCAAAUGCCUUUUCUAAGUAUUACCUCUGUAGAGGGGUUAGACGACGUUUGA